UUCGGAUUCAUGGACAAUGUUGUCAUGAUCACAAUGGGAGACCUGAUAGACUCGACCCUGGGCGUGACUUUCGGGCUCAGCACACUGACUGCUGCAGGUUUCGGCCAGAUCUUCAGCGAUGUGUCUGGCGUUUGCUUCGGAGGAACCGUCGAGGCCAUCUUUCUUCGCCUCGGGCUGCCAACGGCUAAGUUAACCUCCGAGCAGGCACAACUAAGGGUGACUCGACUCGUGUCCACGUUCGGAGCUGCUUGCGGCGUGGUUGUCGGAUGUCUGCUCGGAAUGAGUACCUUGCUCCUU